AGGAUCAGCCUCUAAGAGCGACGAUUUGCAGGGGUGGGGCUUCUCGGGUCCCUAGGAUUGGCCUUUCAGGGAGGCAUUUUCCAACGUCACCGGGAAACCGGCUACUCACCCGGAAGUAGAAGCCCCAUAGAAAUCUCAAUUUUGGGGGCGCUGGCGGUGUCGCGUUUGUCAGUGAGUGGGGUGCUCGACUCUCAGGAGCCAUCCCGGAUCAUUUGUUGGCAGUACAUAUUGGCUGAAGUCAGUUUUCAUUUCAAGAUAAUGUGUUUCUAAUUGACCUGUUCUGGCUACUUGAGACAGACACUGCACUGAAACCAAAAGACUUCGGAUGUGUUCUUCUAAUGGGCCUUCAGUAUAGGAUGUUGGAGAACCAAGAACAGGAGGAGGUGAUUACUGUACGAGUCCAGGACCCCCGUGUGCAGAAUGAGGGCUCCUGGAAUUCUUAUGUGGACUAUAAGAUAUUCCUUCACACCAAUAGCAAAGCCUUCACGGCCAAGACUUCUUGUGUGCGUCGCCGCUACCGGGAGUUCGUGUGGUUGAGAAAGCAGCUGCAGAGAAAUUCUGGACUCGUGCCUGUACCUGAACUUCCGGGAAAAUCAGCUUUCUUUGGCAGCUCAGAUGAGUUCAUUGAGAAGCGACGACAAGGCCUGCAGCACUUCCUCGAAAAUGUCCUGCAGAGUGUGGUCCUCCUGUCUGACAGCCAGUUGCACCUCUUCCUGCAAAGCCAGCUCUCGGUGCCAGAGAUAGAAGCCUGUGUCCAAGGCCGGGGCCCCAUGACUGUUUCUGAUGCUAUUCUUCACUACGCUAUGUCAAAUUGUGGCUGGGUCCAGGAAGAGAGGCAGGGCUCUUCUCCGCUGGCCAAAGGAGAUCAGCCUAAGAGUUGCUGCUUUCCAAGAUCAGGCAGAAAGGGCUCUCCCUCACCACCUCCAGAAGAAGAGAGGGACCAGUUCAAAGUCUGGGCUCCCGUUAUCGACUCCGAUGCACCUUCCUCGGAGGUUCCUCCUCUCCUGUCCCCUUCCUCAGUGAGCUGUGAUUUUACAAGACCUGAAGAGGAAGCCUUGACUCCUCAUUCUGUGAGGAGGGCUGCAAUGGGGGACCAUGCUGUGCCUUUGGACUCUGAUCAGCUAGAGAAAGUUUUAGAAAAGUGAGCUUUGGUCUGAGCUUUUGGUUCUGCUCGGAGGUGGCUGCAGGAAGGGGCAGGCAAGCCAACUUGCCCAGGUGGAAGAAGGCAUAAGACAGGGGCUGGGCAGGAAGGGCUGCUUCAGUGCUUACAGUAGCUGCUGCCUGGGUGGUGGCACAGAGGUCGGUGGUGACAGUCCUUGCAGCUUCCUGCACAGGACCAAACUUUGCUUGAGGGUGUCAAGGUAAUCAGGUACUCUGGACAUUGUUAGUUCUUAACAGAAUUCCUCUCUGUUAUCCUCCUGGGAACUGAGUCUCUUUAGGUGAGUGUUUGUGGGCCCUGGGUACCUUGCCUCAGGUGAUUGUUUGUGGGGACCAGGAUGCUAUUUUGAAUUCUGUCCCUAGGGAAGUCGGGGCCUAUUUACUCGCAUCAAUAUCUUGGUUUCUGGCUGCAGCCCUUGGAGCCUUCUGUUCCUGGGAGGCUGGCCUGUAGGGGUGGAUAAAUACUCUCCCACUUCCUCACUCUGCAUGGGUGGAUGCUCUGAUUUUCUGUCCUGUGUUGGGCCUAAGAGCCACAGAGCA